UUUAAAUUUUAUUUAAAUAUAAUCCAGUAAUUUUGGAUUUUUUGAAGGCGUAGCAUCAUAAAUAGAUUAUUAAUUACACAAUGGAAAUGAGUAAAUUUGUUAUCAAGUCAGCGAUCAGUGAGAACGAAUUUUUGAUUUCUUUGGAAAAUACUUUAAAAGCUAUCGAGGAAAAGCUUCGACAAUUCGUCAAAAAUAUUCCCAAACUUUUGACAGAUUCUGAAUUGGAGUCUGGGUUGCGUACUAUAGAAAUUGAAAGAGAGAAGAUACACGACCUUAUUGAUUCAAUUGUUCAACCUUUUUUAUCUAAUAGAAAAGAUAAUGCGGAAUUAGGUCUUCAAUACAAAUAUGAACAAAUGAAAGAACAAUUACACAGUCAGACUAUCGAAUUGGAGAAAGCGAUUAAGGAAACGCAAAGCCUUAAAAUCCAAAUAUUAAACCAAAGCACUUUUUGCGCGAGUUUAGGCGCAGUAUUGGGAAAUUUAGCAUGGCGUGCUUCUAGAUUUCCAGAAAUUGUCGAUAUUUGGUUAUCAGGUCUUCAGAAUAAAGUAAGAGAGUUCCUGUCGAUAGUAAGCGGAAGUUUUGUGGCAUUUAUAAGCACAUACGAGACUGGUAUACCGCCAACUAACAAUGUCGAGUAUCAGUUCGUGUUAGGACUAUUGGGUAUUGUCACAAACAUAUCAUCUGUACCGAAAGGCAGAGAAUUUCUUAUUACAAAUCAAAAUGGCAAGGAUUUAGUUGAGAAAAUUAUCAAAUUUAUGCCUAAUUUCUUCCCAGUAGCAUCGGGAACGCAUUCAUUAAUAAGAUUAAUGCUGAUGAUAUUGUAUAACGUGAGCAUGAACAAUACCGGUUUAAGCUACUUGUUCGAGUUUCGUGUAGCUGAAGUUUUAAGUAACUGCUUAAAAGAGGAUACUAUAUCGGAAGAAUUGCAACUUUUAUGUUUGCGCAUUCUUCAAUCAAUUACCUACGAUCUUAAAGAUCCUAAAUAUAUCGAGGAGCUAACCACAUCGAUUUCUAUUAAGAAUAUCAAGAAUAUCCUUGCCAAUGAACAAAGUGAAACAUAUUCUGUAGCUAAAGAAGUUAUUAAACAAUUGCAAGAGUCCCUGAGAUUUAGAGAAAUUUAAUGAAUAAAAAAUUAAAAUUUACUAAAGAAAAAAAAAUAUAUAUAUAAUUAAUCGUGUUAUUUACACUGUUGUUUUUUGUCUUUUUUUUGUUUUUUUUUUUUAAACAUUUGUCGCAAUGUUGCAAUAUUUACAAUAUAAAAAAAACUCGAUAAUAAUGAUCUAACUAUUUGUUACAAAGUGGUACAAUGACCUUUGUCUCGUUUAAAAAGUUAAAGCAACAAAAGUGUUGCACUCUGACAAACAGUCUGAUUCACUGUUUUCUAUCAUCUUAUAGAAAUAUAUAUAUAUAUGCAUACGUCAUUUUUCACAUCGUUAAAGGAAGCGGUUGGAUCUGCACUGUUAUCGAACGUGCCUCAAAUUCUUUGCUUCGCAGUGGUAUGUAUUUACAUACAUACAUACAUACAUAUAUAUACGUAUUUCUCGUGUGAAUAUGUGAUUAUGUAGAACUAGAUUCUCGUAUCGGCGCGUUGCAGUGAAAUAUAUAUAAUGUACUGCGCAAAUAAUAUCAUACCGUAUAUUUCUAUUUAAUGAAUUAUUUUCUCAUGAAAAUAUAACGAAUACGUUAUCAAUCACGCAUACAUAUACAUAUAUAUAUAUGUAUUUAUUAUAUAUUUUAUUAUCGGUCACUUAAUAUCAUGUUUUACAUCAUGAAAUAGUAAAAAAUGUUUUAUUUUCAAAUCUAAUAAAAUCUAAUUGCAUAAUAUUAUUAUUAUUAUUUAACUUCAAAGAUAUAUAAAAAGACAAUAAACGAAAAUGUUUAAGCAUGAAAUAGACAAUCAUCAACUUGUUCAAUAAGUUUCUAAAUAUUCUAUUCAAUGAACUUAACAUAAUUAGUAAAAAGGGUGUAAUGGACCAUUUUAAAAAGCUUUGAGUAAAACUACGAACGAGUAACGAAGUGAAUUUACUGUACAAAAUCGUUGUUACGGAUAUUUAAAACAGACAUCUUCAACAGAACGAAUUUGCUUCAUUAAAUAACUCAACAAUAUACUCUGACAUAAGUAUACUUUAACGAAGUAUAAAAAAGCACGUUUACUCAAAGACUAUAUUUAUAAAAGAACUUUUACUUCGACCUCUUGAUCCAGAAAUGAUAUAAGCGUAUAUUCUUUUAAAAGAUUUAAACAAAAAAAAUCAAAUUUAUCGAUAAUGUAACACAGGAGAUAUGAAUAAUGAAAGAAACAAAAUAAUAGAAAUCUAUAUGCGAAAAGAGAUGAUCAAAGUUGAGAGAAAUAAAUAUAAUUUAUGAAACAAAUAAAUGAAGGAUAAGGACCAAUUAGUUUCUAGAAAAAAAAACAAAAAACAAAAUACAAAACAAUAGUCACAGUUUACGGUAAACGUAAAGAAGAAAUUUAUCGAUAAUAUAACGCGAGUACAACACGAACGAUGAAACAACAAGAAAAUGGAUGCAAACACGAUAAUAGUUGGAAAAUAAAAAAUACAAAUCAAAUCUAUACAUCUCUAAAGAAUAAAGACACCCCCUCGAAAUUACUGUCUACGAUGUAGGAAAAAAAAAAAAAAGAAAAAUAAAAACGAGUCUCCUAUGUGCAAAUGAAGAAAAUAAAAAGAAUACCAAUAA